AUGGAUGAAGUGAAGGAGUUGAGAGAUGUGAGGACCUUGAAGCGCCACUUGCGCCAGCUUUAUGGCUUUCCAGCUUGCAUUCAACAGCUCGUGCGCGAGGGCAGCAGGAUGAAUGACGAUGCAACGUUGGAAGAGCCCUUUGACGUGCAGGUCGUGCUGUUGCCCGCCUCCAACGCAUCUGGGGUUCAAGAGGAGUUUCUGGAAGCUGCCGGAGAGGGCCACGUUGAGGUUGUGCGGAUGCUGUUGGAAGCUGGUGCUGACAAGGACUUGGAAGACAUUGACAGCAAAACAGCACUUAUACACGCAUCUGACAAGGGCCACGGCCAGGUCGUGCGUUUGCUGUUGGCAGCUGGUGCUCGGGACUCGGCAGACGGGUUCGGCUACACAGCUCUUUUUCGUGCAGCUUGGGGUGGUCAUGUUGAGGUUGUGCGUUUGCUGUUGGAAGCUGGUGCCAACAAGGACUUGACAGGGGAUCACGGCGACACAGCUCUUUCGAAUGCAUCUUGGUUUGGCCAUGCAGAGGUUGUGCGAGUGCUGUUGGAAGUUGGUGCUAACACGGACCUGACAGACAGUUUCGGCUAUUCAGCUCUUAUUCGUGCAUCUGAAAAAGGCCACGUCGAGACUGUGCGUUUGCUGUUGGAAGCUGGUGCGGCCACGGACGCGAGACACAAGGACGGCAAGACUGCUCUUAUUUUUGCAUCUCUCAAUGGCCACGUCGAGGUUUCGCGCCUGCUGCUUAAAGCCGGUGCUGACAAAACCUUUGCGGACGUUCUCGGCUACACAGCUCUUGAUUACGCAUCUGCCCGCGGUCGCCAGGAGUUGGUGCGCUUGCUGGCUUGA